AUGGGGGCCCUGACCAGCCGGCAGCACGCGGGCGUGGAGGAGGUGGACAUCCCGUCCAAUUCCGUGUACCGCUACCCGCCCAAGUCCGGAAGCUAUUUUGCCAGCCACUUCAUUAUGGGAGGAGAGAAGUUUGAUUCAACUCACCCCGAAGGCUACUUGUUCGGAGAAAACAGCGAUCUGAACUUUCUGGGGAACAGACCAGUGGCGUUUCCUUAUGCAGCCCCCCCUCCCCAAGAACCAGUGAAGACUCUGAGAAGCCUGAUCAACAUCCGAAAGGACACCCUGAGACUCGUCAAAUGUGCCGAGGAAGUGAAGACCCCGGGGGAAGAGGCAGGCAGAGCGAAGGUCCACUACAACGUGGAGUUCACCUUUGACACGGACGCGCGGGUGGCCAUCACCAUCUAUUACCAAGCCACCGAAGAGUUCCAGAAUGGCAUCGCCAGCUACAUCCCCAAAGACAACAGCCUGCAGUCGGAGACGGUGCACUAUAAGCGCGGGGUGUGCCAACAGUUCUGCCUGCCCUCACACACCGUGGACCCCUCCGAGUGGGCGGAAGAGGAGCUUGGCUUCGACCUAGACAGGGAGGUUUACCCGUUGGUGGUCCACGCCGUGGUGGAUGAAGGCGAUGAGUAUUUUGGCCAUUGCCACGUCCUGCUGGGCACUUUUGAAAAGCACUCAGAUGGCACUUUCUGUGUCAAGCCCCUCAAACAGAAACAAGUGGUGGAUGGGGUCAGCUACCUCCUUCAAGAGAUCUAUGGGAUUGAAAACAAGUACAACACGCAAGAAUCUAAGGUGGCUGAGGACGAGGUGAGCGACAACAGCGCUGAGUGUGUGGUGUGCCUCUCCGACGUGCGGGACACCCUGAUCCUGCCCUGUCGCCACCUCUGCUUGUGUAACAGCUGUGCCGACACCCUGCGCUACCAGGCCAACAACUGCCCCAUCUGCCGACUGCCCUUCCGGGCACUGCUCCAAAUCCGAGCCAUGAGGAAAAAACUGGGCCCCCUGUCCCCAACCAGCUUCAACCCUAUCCUCUCAUCCCAGACCUCCGACUCAGAAGAGCAUUCCUCCUCAGAGAACAUCCCGCCAGGUUAUGAGGUGGUGUCUCUCCUGGAGGCCCUCAACGGGCCCCUUACCCCGUCCCCAGCGGUCCCCCCGCUCCACGUGCUUGGAGACCGACACCUCUCAGGAAUGCUGCCUUCCUAUGGCAGCGAUGGCCACCUGCCUCCCGUCCGCACCUUCUCCCCCCUCGACCGCCUCUCCGACUGCGGCAGCCAAGGACUCAAGCUCAAAAAGAGUCUCUCCAAGUCUGUCUCUCAGAAUUCUUCUGUGCUGCCCGAAGAGGACGAUGAGCGUUCCUGCAGUGAAUCUGAGACACAGCUGUCUCAGAGACCGUCAGGCCAGCAUCUCGGAGAGGAAUGUGAUGUCACCCCAGAAAGUGAGAACCUGACCCUGUCAUCGUCAGGAGCUAUUGACCAGUCGUCCUGCACGGGAACCCCGCUCUCCUCCACGAUUUCCUCCCCAGAAGACCCUGCCAGCAGCAGCCUGGCCCAGUCGGUCAUGUCCAUGGUGUCGUCCCAGAGCCAGCACUCCCAGAUCAGCACCGACACCGUCUCCUCCAUGUCCGGCUCCUACAUCGCCCCUGGCACGGAAGAGGAGGGGGAGGCCCUCCCCUCCCCCCGGGCUGCCAGCAGGACCCCCUCAGAUGAAGAAGAGGUGACGCCCGCAGCAUCUCCAGACUGCAACUUCAUGGGCCUCGCUGCCGAGGAGCAGGACGCAGAGGGGAACGAUGUUCUAGAGGAAGAGGACGCAUCGCCCACACAGGAAGAUGGCCAGAGGACAUGCGCAUUUCUAGGUAUGGAGUGUGACAAUAACAAUGACUUUGACAUCGCCAGCGUGAAAGCACUGGACAAUAAGCUGUGCUCUGAGGUCUGCUUACCUGGUGCCUGGCAGGCCGAUGACAACGUGGUGAGUCGUCGAAACACGCAGCGCCGGCGCUUGUCCUCCGGAAGCCUGGAGGACCCCGAGGACAGGCCCUGUGUGUGGGGGCCUCUGGCCGUCUGA